GGCUUUAGUUUUGUAAUUUUUCUUCCAAACAAACUUCACUGAAAUCCCAACGUCAUAUGUUAUCCAUAUACUCAUUGGAUUUUCCUCUCUUUUAUUUUAUUUCUUUCUCCCUCUUCUCAUUGGAUUCAUUUCCAAAAUCAAUGGAUUGGGAACCGUUAGCUGCAGCAAAAGCCUCCAUCUCUCCCUACGAUCUUCUUUUCCAAGCACUUGCUUUAAUCCCCUUCUCCCAUUAUUUCUUCGCCGCUUCCUUUCUCUUUCUCAUAUUUCUUUACAGAUUUUUGGAGAUUCAUUUUCUUCACGAUUUACUCACUCUUUCCAGAGGCGAUCCCGUUACGUUAACUUACAACUCCUGCUCCGACCUUGCCCAAUCAGUCGUCGCCAACUGUAAGAUACUCCAAGGAAGGUACUUGGCCACUCCAUGGCUUUCUAGUCCUCAUCUUCAGACUGCUUUCUUGAGUUUUCUGGGAAGGCCUCCUCCACUUACUUAUAGACGACAUUUAUUCCGUGCCUUUGAUGGUGGAACAAUUGCUCUGGACUGGCUAACUUACACGGAUGUUGUGGGUGGUACCUCCUGCAUGCCUGAUAGUUCCGCUGCUCCUAAAGGUGAUAAAACUCCGAUUGUGAUUGUGAUUCCUGGCUUGACCAGCGAUUCUGCUGCUGCGUAUGUGAAGCAUCUUGCGUUCAACUUGGCAAGACAGGGUUGGAAUGUUGUUGUAAGCAAUCAUCGUGGACUGGGAGGUGUAUCUCUAACGUCUGAUUGCUGUUAUAAUGCUGGAUGGACUGAAGAUCUACGGAAAAUCAUUGACCAUAUACGUUGUGAAUAUCCAGAAGCUCCUCUGUAUGCUGUUGGAACUAGCAUUGGUGCCAAUAUUCUGGUAAAAUAUCUUGGAGAGGAUGGGGCAAAUACUCCUCUUUUUGGUGCUGCAGCUAUAUGCUCUCCUUGGGACCUCUUGAUAUGUGAUAGGUUCAUAAACCGUCGACCUAUGCAGAAAUUAUAUGACAGAGCACUAACAGUUGGCCUGCAAGGUUAUGCACAAUUGCAUCAGUCUAUCUUGUCUCGUCUUGCAAAUUGGGAAGGCAUUGAAAAGUCAAGUUCUCUUAGGGAUUUUGACAACCAUGCUACUCGAGUUCUUGGGAAAUUUGAGACUGUGGAUACAUAUUAUAGGAGAUCAAGCAGUACUAAUUAUGUAGAAAAUGUGUCAGUGCCUCUCCUGUGUGUCAGUGCUUUGGAUGAUCCAGUGUGCACCAGUGAAGCUAUUCCAUGGGAUGAAUGUAGGCUCAAUGAAAAUAUUAUUCUAGCUACUACACCGCAUGGAGGACAUCUAGCAUUCUAUGAGGGGAUAACAGCAUCUAGCAUAUGGUGGGUAAGAGUUGUUAAUGAGUUCUUUGGUGUUCUAAGGAUUAGCCCACAUAUUGAAGGAAGAAAGAAGAUGCAAGGUUCUACUAUGCCCAAGCCACUGCAAAGUUCAAUUGAUCAGGCACCUUAUUUGAAUGUUAUGGAGGAUGGAAUGGUGACUGCAAUGAGCAAUGAACAAACAGAUGCUUUUGUAGAAGGCAUUUCAGACGAGGAUACAACUCACAGUAAGAAGGAUGAAGGUACAAUUUCUGAUAAGGGAACAAGUGUUGACUUGACAGAUAAACUAAACCCUGAGAAGCAAAUAAAGCAGCAAGUGGAGCAAAAUGUAAAGGAUUUGAUUGUCCCUGUUCAAGGACGCAUUGAUAAGCUUUCACGGCGGAGCAGACAAUCAAUCUGGUUGCUUGUGUACAUUUCCAUCAUAACAACUUGGCCGUUUGUUGGCUCUGUUCUUCUUUCAGUUCUUAAGAGAAGGUUCAAAACUUUUAAACCAGGUACGUUGUUUAGAAAAUAGAGUUACUUAGCAGGGAGUUUAGGGUCAAUCAUGACCAAAUACAAUCUAUAGAAUAUCAUUGAUGUCCUAAAUUGAGGGAUAAUAAAAGAUGCUAACUGCUCUGACCAGUAAGUAUCCAUUGUUGUAUCAGAAAAUAAUAGUAUUUCAAGAGGCAUCCUCCUUGCUAAACUUGUAAUCUCCUUGAUGAUAUAAUUAAAUGCCUUAAAUAUGCUUGAGGCCAUUUCAGCAAUGAACAAAA